AUGGGCAGCGAAACGAUGACAAGUGAGAACAUGUUCACCGUGCUCAUGCUUGUUGGUUGUAUCGGUUUAAGUAUAACGUACAAAACGGUUGAGCGGUUCGAUAGCGAUUUUCGUUUACCGUCUCAUUUCAUGCCGACUGUUUAUGAUCUGAAACUUUCACUAUCAUCUGACAGAGAGACAAUUUGCGGUCAGGUGAAAUGA